GUACAGAACCAAUCAGAUCGGUCGAAAGGCGUGCUGCGUUCACUUCGCUGAUUUUAUUGCACUAGAACGGCCGUUUCUGUUCUGUCAGUCUGUCUAUUCUGGUUGAGGACGGCUCUGCCCUUCCGCUCUCCUUCACCUUGCGCAGUUAGAUAAGAUCCAGCACCAUGUCCAUCCUGAAGAUUCAUGCCCGUGAGAUCUUUGACUCCCGUGGGAAUCCCACUGUGGAGGUAGACCUCUACACCAAGAAAGGUCUGUUCAGAGCCGCCGUGCCCAGCGGCGCCUCCACCGGCAUCUACGAGGCCCUGGAGCUCCGUGACAACGACAAGACCCGUUACCUGGGCAAAGGAGUGAAAAGAGCCGUUAAAUAUAUUAAUGAGUUCUUGGCACCAGCCUUGUGUAAUCAGGAUGUGUCCGUCCUGGAGCAGGAGAAGAUUGACAACCUGAUGCUGUCGAUGGACGGCACGGAGAACAAGUCCAAGUUUGGUGCGAACGCCAUCCUGGGCGUGUCCCUGGCCGUGUGCAAGGCAGGAGCUGCGGAGAAGGGCGUCCCGCUGUUCCGCCACAUCGCCGACCUCGCCGGAAACCCCGAAGUCAUCCUCCCGGUCCCUGCAUUCAACGUCAUCAACGGUGGCUCCCACGCCGGCAACAAGCUGGCCAUGCAGGAGUUCAUGAUCCUGCCCGUGGGCGCCAGCACCUUCAAGGAGGCCAUGCGCAUCGGCGCCGAGGUCUACCACAACCUGAAGAACGUCAUCAAGGAGAAGUACGGCAAGGACGCCACCAACGUGGGAGACGAGGGCGGCUUCGCCCCCAACAUCCUGGAGAACAAGGAAGCUCUGGAACUGCUGAAGAACGCCAUCGGCAAGGCCGGCUACACCGAUAAGAUCGUGAUCGGCAUGGACGUGGCCGCCUCCGAGUUCUACAAGGAUGGCAAGUACGACCUGGACUUCAAGUCCCCCGAUGACCCCAGCCGUUACAUCAGCCCCGACCAGCUGGCCGACCUCUACAAGAGCUUCGUCAAGGACUACCCAGUGGUGUCCAUCGAGGACCCCUUUGACCAGGACGACUGGCAGGCCUGGACCAACUUCACCGGCAGCACCACCAUCCAGGUGGUGGGCGACGACCUGACCGUGACCAACCCCACGCGCAUCGAGAAGGCCGUGUCCGUCAAGGCCUGCAACUGCCUGCUGCUGAAGGUCAACCAGAUCGGCUCCGUCACCGAGUCCCUGAAGGCCUGCAAGUUGGCGCAGUCCAGCGGCUGGGGGGUGAUGGUGAGCCACCGCUCUGGGGAGACGGAGGACACCUUCAUCGCUGACCUGGUGGUGGGACUCUGCACAGGCCAGAUUAAGACCGGAGCACCUUGCCGUUCUGAGCGUCUGGCCAAGUACAAUCAGCUGCUUAGGAUUGAAGAGGAGCUGGGAGACAAGGCUCGCUUUGCAGGCAAGAACUUCAGGAACCCCCUGGUGAACUGAGGAAAUGGAAGCCACUUCCCGGGGCUAGCUUCUUCGUGCAUACAUACACUCUCUCACACCCAACCCAGGAUAGGUCACUCGUAUUUCAGGCAGAAGGGCAGGUGGAACGAGGCGCAUUAUAAUCCAUGGUCCUAGUCUGCAGGCUGUCGCACUGAAACCUCCCCAUUCGUCCGUACUUCUGCCCCCUAGCUGUCGGCUUCUGAAUAGCACUGGUCCCGUAAUGUGUAUUUUUUUCGGUUCGUUUUGUGAGACACUUGUUUUUGUUUUUCUUUGUUUUGCUAGGGAGUUUUUUUUUGCGAUUUCUGUUGUCUUAAUUCUAUAUUUAGUGAAGAGAAGAAACAUCACGUGCAAUGCGUCACAUUAUUGAGGAGAUGUAGUGUUGCUGUAUGUGUGGCAGAAAACUAAAUAAACCAUCCUCUCUGAAACGGA